AACACAAACAGCCCAACAAGCAACCUAGCAGCAAACACCAUUACCGAGCCCAUAAAUAACCCAGCAGUAAACAGUGAAAACACCCAUUCCCGCAGUAACCUUGUUGACAGAACACCAUCUUUAGCUCUCAAAAUCCACCAUGAUUCUAAUAAACCCUAACCCAUUCUUCUAACCCACCCCCACCAACCAAAUGGGUCAUCAUUUCCAUAGAGCCACAAAAGCUAUCCGGUUAGCCAUUCACCACCGCCCAAAUCAUCAUCAUCAUUACUACAACAGAUUAGGUUGUCUUCAUAAUAACAAAAUCUUCAUUUCCAAUCAACAACAACACCCCUUUUGCUCAAAUUCAAGAAACAAUAAUCGAAAAGACGACAACGACGUAAUUAUCGAUUUAAGCCGAUACCCAACUGAUAAAAUUAGGAACUUUUCAAUUAUAGCUCAUGUUGACCAUGGAAAGUCAACACUUGCUGACCGCCUUCUAGAACUUACUGGCACUAUUAAAAGAGGCCAUGGUGUUCCUCAGUAUCUUGAUAAGUUACAGGUUGAAAGAGAAAGGGGAAUCACGGUUAAGGCUCAAACAGCCACCAUGUUUUAUAACUACAAUAUAAAAGAGACUGACACAAGCUAUUUACUGAACUUGGUCGACACACCUGGUCAUGUGGAUUUUAGCUAUGAAGUAUCAAGAUCUUUGGCUGCUUGCCAGGGUGCCCUUUUGGUUGUUGAUGCAGCCCAAGGUGUACAAGCUCAAACGGUUGCAAACUUUUACCUUGCUUUUGAAUCUAAUCUCACAAUAAUACCGGUUAUAAACAAAAUAGAUCAACCAACGGCUGAUCCUGAUCGUGUUAAGUCACAGUUAAAGUCAAUGUUUGACCUUGAUCCGAGUGAUGUACUUUUGACAUCAGCGAAAACUGGUCAAGGUCUUGAACAUGUACUUCCGGCUGUAAUAGAACGAAUUCCUGCUCCUCCUGGAAAGAAUGAUUCAAAUCUUCGUAUGUUUCUGUUGGAUUCUUAUUAUGAUGAGUAUAAGGGGGUGAUAUGUCACGUAGCAGUUGUUGAUGGGUCUCUGCGUAAGGGUGACAAAAUAACAUCUGCGGCUACGGGGCAAUCUUAUGAGAUUUUGGAUGUUGGGAUCAUGCAUCCAGAGCUUAGGUCUACCGGUUUUCUUUUGACUGGACAGGUCGGGUAUGUGGUUACUGGCAUGCGGUCAACUAAGGAGGCACGUGUUGGGGAUACAUUGUUUCAUAGCCGAACGACUGUAGAGCCUCUACCAGGGUUUAAGCCUGCAAGGCAUAUGGUUUUCUCUGGUCUUUUUCCCGCUGAUGGUUCUGAUUUCGAAGCACUUAGUAAUGCAAUUGAAAGAUUAACAUGCAAUGAUGCUAGCGUCUCUGUUGCCAGGGAGAGCAGCACAGCACUUGGUCUUGGUUUCAGGUGUGGCUUCUUAGGAUUACUUCACAUGGAUGUUUUUCAUCAGCGGCUUGAGCAGGAACAUGGAACUCAUAUAAUUUCUACCGUUCCAACCGUUCCAUAUAUAUUUGAGUAUUCAGACGGGAGUAAAGUAGAAGUUCAAAAUCCAGCUGCAUUCACUUCAAAUCCUAAAAUCCAAGUUGUAGCUUCUUGGGAGCCUACAGUAUUGGCAACAAUUAUUAUCCCCAGUGAGUAUGUGGGAGCCGUUAUCACUCUUUGCUCUGAACGAAGAGGGGAACAACUAGAGUAUUCAUUUAUCGAUAGUCAACGGGCAUUUAUGAAGUACCGGUUACCUCUUAGGGAAAUCGUUGUUGACUUCUACAAUGAACUGAAAAGUAUUACAUCUGGUUAUGCAUCUUUCGAUUAUGAAGAUUCAGAAUAUGUUGUUUCUGAUGUGGUGAAGCUUGACAUCCUUUUGAAUGGACAACCCGUAGAUGCAAUGGCAACCAUCGUUCACAAGUUGAAGGCACAACGUGUUGGUCGACAACUUGUAGACCAGCUCAAGAAAUUCAUCGACAGGCAAAUGUUUGAGAUCACUAUUCAAGCCGCUGUCGGAUCAAAGGUCAUUGCUAGGGAGACCAUUUCGGCAUUGAGGAAGAAUGUACUCGCAAAGUGUUAUGGUGGAGAUGUUACGAGGAAGAAGAAGUUGUUGGAGAAACAGAAAGAAGGAAAGAAAAGAAUGAAGCGUGUCGGAUCUGUGGAUAUACCUCAAGAAGCUUUUCAUGCCAUAUUGAAGGUAUCAUAGGGUGUGAAGCACAUAACUUGCAAGAACUCUUUGUUCUGUUAGGAAAGUGAUAGUUUUGGUAGUCUAGUUGGACCGUUCAUGGUACGGUUGCACCUACAAUGGGAUGACACUUUUGCCCUCCAUAUUUGCGUUAUGCUACUCGUAAGGCCAUGCAUACACGUCUCUUGAAAAUAAGAUGAAAUCACAAUUAUUAGUUUCUUUUUAUCAUUAUCAGCAAAAUACAAUGCGUACCACAGUUCUUUCAGAACUAUAGACUAUAGUGACCUUUUAGAAUUUUGGACAUGGGAUUGGGGAUCCAUCUAGGAAAGAACGGGAAAGGGUCAGAGUUUGUGAGGGCAAACUGAAAGGAACUGCAUGGGCUGCUCCUCAUACAGUUGCAUAUGUCAAGUGCAAGACGUUCUUUCCAUAUUUUAAUCUUCCGAAUAUCUGCGACCAGCUUCCCACAAUCCCACCUGCAACAUGAUGUACAUUGUUAGAAAGCAUAUUUAUCGGUAUCAGUUAUUCAAUUUAACUCAUCAAAGUUAAUAACUACAAAUUUAUUUUGCUUACUUGUUAGUUGCUGUACGAUGUCCCGAGGGUUGUGAGCCCAAUUAAGGUCUUUUGCAAUAUUAUUAACGGUGAUCCUUGUUUGUGUAACUGAGAUUUUUUAAUCCUUGUUUGAUAUCAAUUUCAGAAUGUCAGGAACAAAAUACUGCAGUUUUUACUGCUUAAAAUUGUUACAUUCUGUCAUGCUUUAUGAUUUUCAA